AUGAAAUCCAUGACUUCUUGGUGUCAUUGGCAUUCCGCGCUGGCGACAUCAUCAACAAUGCGCUCCCAGAAACCAAUGACACCGGCUCCAAAAAGAAUAGUGCGUAAGGAGACAGAAGGUCGAGGGGACACGCUGACCAUAAUAGGUGCGGACCUGGUGACGGAAUAUGACCGGGCGGUUGAGAAUAUGAUCUCAAGCUCCCUGAAGGAGAAGUACCCGCAUUACGAAUUCCACGGCGAGGAAACGUAUGACCCAGCACGCCCAUUGACAGAUGCCCCAACGUUCAUCGUGGACCCGAUUGAUGGGACAAUCAACUUUGUGCAUGCCUUCCCCUUUGCCUGCGUGUCUCUGGGAUUCGCCGUGGGCCGAGUUCCGACGGUGGGGGUGGUGUAUAACCCGUCGACCAAAGUCCUCUAUUCCGCCAUUCGCGGCCAAGGAGCGUUCCUCAAUCGGGAAACCCGUCUCCCACUCAAGGGUUCUCACGUAGAGCCUCUGGCGGGGUUGAAAAAUGCCCUGAUUGCCGUGGAAUGGGGCUCAGAUCGCAGUGGCAUCAACUGGGAGACAAAGAUCCGGACAUUUGAAAAACUGGGUCAGUCCCAAGAGCAUGGGGGUGCCAUGGUGCGUGCGAUGCGGAGUUUGGGCUCCGCCGCGUUGAAUUUGUGUGCCGUGGCAGACGGCACGUUAGAUCUGUACUGGGAAGGUGGCUGUUGGGCCUGGGAUGUCUGUGCCGGAUGGGUCAUUCUCUCCGAAGCCGGGGGCAUCAUGGCAGAUGGCUCCCCAGGAAACUGGGAGCCUCGUCUGGACGGACGAAAAUACCUGGCAAUUCGCGGGUCUCCGGACGGAGCUGGGCAGAAGGAGCUCGUGGAAGAGUUCUGGAGUCAUAUCCAAGGCCCGCUACAGUACUGA